CUGCUUUGGAUGGAGAACCAAACCUCGGUGAUUCCUCUCAAACAGCCGAUUGUGUUUGAACUGGAGGGCUUUGAUGUUCCUCCAGGAAACGGACCGUUCUUGUUCCUGUUGGCUUUGCUGGCCUACAUUGUGGUGCUGCUGGGGAACGGUGUGGUGAUCUGUGUCAUCAUGACAGACAAGAACCUGCACAGACCCAUGUUUGUGAUGAUCUGUCACCUCAUGGUCUGUGACCUGCUGGGGGCCACAAUGGUGCUUCCUCGCCUCAUGAUGGAUCUGUUGAUGGGGCUGAAGAAGAUCGCCUACAUCCCAGCCAUCGUCCAGGCAUUCUGCGCUCACACAUAUGGAGCAGCGAUGCUGACUGUUUUAACUGUGAUGGCCUAUGAUAGGUACGUGGCAGUGUGUGAACCUCUCAGGUAUCACUCCAUCAUGACUUCGGCUCGGCUGCACAGCUGCUGCGCUGUGGCCUGGAUCGCUGCUCUGCUGCUCAUCGCCGUGCUCUUCUCCUUCCACAUGAACGUCCCGCUGUGCGGCCACAUAAUCCCUCUAACAUACUGCAGCAACCGGGGCAUCCUGGACCUGGCCUGCAUUCCCACUCCCAUCAGCAACGUCUACGGUCUAGUGAUGACCUGGACUUUAAGCACAGGGACCUUCAUCAUCAUCGCCUUUUCCUACAUCAGAAUCCUGAGUGUUUCCUUAAAACAAGGCAGAGCAAACAGCAGCAUCCGCAGCAAGGCUGUUCAGACCUGCGCUCCACACAUCAUUGUUUACGUUCUUUUUCAGAUUGCUUCACUGAUUGUGAUUGUGAGUUACAGGUUCCCCUCUCCUUCCCAAAACAUAAAAAAGUUCUUCAGCAUCCUCAUCUUUAUCGUUCCCCCGAUCAUCAACCCCAUCAUCUAUGGACUGGUCAGUAAAGACCUGAGGGUCAGUUUUAUCAAGCGUUUCUCAACCAGAGUGAGAAACAAAACGUAG